UUUCAGUAACAAAUAUCGUAGAAAAUUCCAAGUAUUUUUGAAAACUUCUUUAAAUUGUAUAAGUUUUUUGUCGCUUUAAAAGAAGAAGAAAAUCAUGUCCCCAAAUGCUGCCAAGAAACGGGCGAUGACCUCAGUUAAAAAACGGGGAAAGUUGAGGAAGAGUAUUCCUGGCUGCACGAAACCACCAAAUGCCCUCAAUUCGGCCAUUAUUCGACGCAUUUGCCGCAUGCCGCCAGAGAGGCUGCAGGCCCACUCGAUUGCUGAGGUCAGAUACCUCAAUCCAGAGUUCAGGAGAGUCGAUGAACCUGGCGCUGCCACCUCCGUUUGCAAUGUGUGCCAUGAGAUCCAUUUACCCCCUGCAGUCGAGCCGUUGUUGGAGAAAGUUCCGCAGGAAACCCAAACGGAGUCUUGCUGGGGUUGCAGUUGCAAUUGCAACUUUUCUGGUGAUCAAUCCAGAAUGCAGCGGUCCAAACAGAUGACAGCCAGGACGUCCAAUCGGAUGUCAAGCGAGAAAUAUUAUCAGAAGUCAUCGUCUAGCAAGGAGAUGCUCUCAGCCAGCCAGGUGCCAGUCGAAGGACCCUUUCUGGAACAAGUAGCGCGUGCAUUUUGGCUUUCCCUUAGGUCCAGCCAAACGUCCCAGGAUCAGCCAGUCGCCUUGUCGCACCAAGGAUCUGUGUCCCACCAUCUAAACAGUGCUUUCGAUGGUUCAUCCUGAGGGUUGGGCAGGGUUCCGCUCCUCCAUUCACUUGGUGUCACGUAUACGCUUCGUUUUCUUUGAGUUUUCUGUUACAGGGGCAGCGGCGACAAUCACCGAAUAAAAAGCCAUCGGACAGUU